ACCAAUUCUCUCUCCACCAUCAUACGUGACUCUUGAACAGUCCUCCUUUGAUCGUGUAUACUCCCAACAAUGGCUCCCAAGACCAUCAUUGCUCCCUCCAUUCUGUCAGCUGACUUUGCUCAGCUUGGCCAUGACUGUGCCCGUACUAUGGAGCAAGGCGCAGACUGGCUUCAUGUCGAUAUCAUGGAUGGCCACUUUGUUCCCAACAUUACGUUCGGUCCUCCUGUCGUCGCAUCCAUCCGAGGACACGUCGAUCAGCCCACAGAGGCCCAUGGCCGGGGUACCUUUGAUUGUCAUAUGAUGAUUGCAGAGCCCAAGAAAUGGGUCAAGGAGUUCAAGAAAGCUGGCUGCAACCUCUACUGCUUCCACUAUGAGGCCGCCUUCUCCAGUGCCGCCGAGAGCCCAGAGCAACAGACCGACGAGAAGACUAACCCCAAGGCUCUUAUCCGAUAUAUUCACGAUCAGGGAUUGUUGGCUGGUAUUGCUAUUAAGCCUGACACUUCUGUCGAUGUGUUGUGGGAGAUUCUGGAGAACAGCGAUGAGAAGGAGAGACCUGAUAUGGUCCUCGUCAUGACCGUAUACCCUGGCUUUGGCGGCCAAAAGUUCAUGGCAUCAGAAUUACCCAAGGUCCAGGCCCUCCGAGAAAAGUAUCCCGAGCUCAACAUCGAAGUCGACGGUGGCCUUGGACCCAAGACAAUCGACGAGGCUGCCGACGCUGGUGCCAACGUUAUUGUUGCAGGCAGUGCUGUCUUUGGGGCCAAGGACCCCUCCGAGGUUAUCGCCCAGUUGCGACAGGCCGUUGACGCCCGAAGUGCAAAGUAAGUCUGAGAUGUACUAUGCAUGUGGACAUAGGUAUAGACAGGAGUUUAGUGAUGAUAUGACGAGAGAUGAAAGAACAUGUAAAAGUCGAGGGAGCUUCUAGAAUAAAUUCCUUUUAUUGUUGA